ACUUUUUGGGUUAUGAUAUAUAUAUAUAUAUAUAUAUUGUAUUAUGUAUAUAUAUUAUUUCUUUAAAAUUUUAUGUUUACUGGUUCAAACUAAAACUAACAGAUCUUAUUGCUGCCCAACUUCCUAAGAUGAGGAUGAAACCAAGCAAUCUAGUCCGAAUUAAAAAGUCAAACUGGACCUAGAACCACUUUAGCAAUUUAGAAAAUUUUUUAGAAUUAAUUUGUAUUAAACAUAUUAUUUAAGACUAAAAUAUAACACUAUUAAAGUAUAGGGACGAUUUACUUACUGCAUAAAAUUUAAAUCUUGUGCAAAUUUAGGAUUUUGAUUGGAAAGAAAUUUUUGAUUUAACCAUCUCCGUUUCCUCUUCAUCACUAUGAGAAGACACCAUACCAGGGCAUAGCCCGACGCUGUGACAUCUUCGUUGGGAACAAGUAAAACCCUUCAAACUGACUCGGAAAGGCCAGGAAAGAAUGUAUGGAAAUGCAACUAACUGGGACGAAGACGCAUAUAGGGAGAGCAUACUGAAGGAAAGAGAGAUACAAACUCGAACCAUAUUCAGGACCGUAUGGGCGCCAUCCCAAAGUCCUAGUCCUGACUACAUUGUCGCCGCGUCCAGCGACGGAACCCUAACAUCCUACUCGAUGAUGUCUCUCAUCUCCAAGUUGGACAAUUUUAGCUACAGGAGCGGUCAGCGCUUGAUGGUGGCCGAACCGGAGGGGUUCCUUAAAGGCCACGAUGGGCCUGCUUAUGAUGUCAAGUUCUAUGGAGACACUGAAGAAGCUUUGUUGCUCAGUUGUGGAGAUGAUGGUCGGAUUAGAGGAUGGAAAUGGAAGGAAUUUAUUGAAUCAGAGGUGCCUCUUUGUUCACAGGGGAAUCAUGUGAAGCCCGUACUUGACUUGAUGAAUCCCCAACACAAAGGUCCCUGGGGUGCUCUUUCUCCAAUUCCAGAAAAUAACGCAGUUGCUGUUAACACUCAGAUGGGAAACAUUUUUUCAGCUGCUGGUGACUCCUGUGCAUAUUGCUGGGAUGUGGAGGAAAGUAAGAUAAAAAUGGUUUUUAAGGGACAUUCCGACUACUUACAUUGCGUAUUGCUCGUAACUCUACCAAUCAGAUUAUAACUGGAUCAGAGGAUGGGACUGCAAGAAUAUGGGAUUGCAAAAGUGGGAAGUGUAUUAAAGUAGUUGAUUCAGUGACGGAUAAGCUUGAAGGGUUCAAAUCCUGUGUUAGUUGUGUUGCACUUGAUGGUAGUGAGAGCUGGUUGGCUUGCAGCAGCGGCAGAAAUUUAUCAAUAUGGAACCUUCCUGCUUCUGAAUGUGUUUCAAGGAUCUUGACCUCUGUGCCUGUACAGGAUAUAGUAUUUGAUGGAAAUCAAAUUUUAGCCGUUGGAGCAGACCCUGCAGUCACUCGCUUUGACAUAAAUGGAAAAAUACUUUCACAAAUCCAAUGUGCUCCACAGUCAGCAUUUUCUGUGUCGUUACAUUCUUCGGGUGUAUGUACUUUGUUAAAUUAUUACCGUGUUAGUAUAAGGUUUCGCAAUAUCUCUUUAUUUUUCUUAUAGCUAUUUUCCUAUUGUUAGUUUCCUUCAUCUAACAUGUUGAAUGAGGGGAAUGAUGGGAAAAUAUAAAAAAAAGCAGUGAAUUCUCACCAUUUUUUUCUUGUUUGGAUGGAAAAGAAAGCAACAGAGAGGAAGAGAUGGUGAGGUCCUUGCUUUCUCUUUUUUUUUUUGAAAGUAAAAAUAUAAUAUGUAUUGCUAUAAGCAUCAACUGGUGCAGAUCAUGUACAAUUAUUUACAGCUUAAUCCUCCAAACAGAAAGUAUUCCUAAACGUUUGGAUCAUAAUCGGAGGAUGACCCAAAAGCAAAAAUUCUAGGGUCCUAAGCCAUCUAACUUUCAGUAUAUCAAAACCCUUUGUAUCCUCAAUUCCUUCAGAAGCUCUAGAAUUCCUAACUUUCCAUACAACCUGUUUGCAGAAGGUGACAGCAAGACUCUUCAGCCUGUUUGCAUAUGUAGCAAACAUUAACCAAAGUGAGUCCCCUUCUCUUUAAUUUAUCAAUUGUUAAUAUACAUUCCCUGCUAGCUUCCCAAGCGAAAAAAAGAAACCCGAGGAGGCACCUUUGCCUUCCAGAUCUGUUUGAACGGGAAAA